AUGAAUUUGGAAUAUGGAAUAAAUCAAACUGAUGAAAUAUGUAAAUUGGCUGUUCAACAAUAUGGUUGGGCAUUAAAAUAUGUAAAAGAACAAACCGAAGAAAUAUGUAAAUUAGCCGUUCAACAAAAUGGUUGGGCAUUGAAAUUUGUAAAAGAACAAACCGAAGAAAUAUGUAAAUUAGCGGUUCAACAAAAUGGUUUAGCAUUAAGAUAUGCAUAUGUAAAAGAACAAACUGAAGAAAUAUGUAAAUUAGCCGUUCAACAAGAUGGUUGGGCAUUACAAUAUGUAAAAGUACAAACCGAAGAAAUAUGUAAAUUAGCCGUUCAACAAAAUGGAUAUGGCAUUAGAAUGUCUUUGGAAUUUGUAAAAGAACAAACCGAAGAAAUAUGUAAAUUAGCAGUUCAACAAAAUGGAUUAGCAUUAGAAUAUGUGAAAAAACAAACCGAAGAAAUAUGUAAAUUAGCCGUUCAACAAGAUGGUUUGGCAUUAGGAUAUGUAAAAAUACAAACAGAAGAAAUAUGUAAAUCAGCUGUUCAACAAAAUGGAAUAGCAUUAAAAUAUGUGAAAAAACAAACCGAAGAAAUAUGUAAAUUAGCCGUUCAACAAAAUGGUUGGGUACUGUGUUGUGUGAAAGAACAAACCGAAGAAAUAUGUAAAUUAGCUGUCCGGCGAAAUGGUUUGGCGUUGUGUCAUGUAAAAGAACAAACCGAAGAAAUAUGUAAAUUGGCUGUUCAACAAGACGGAUUGGCACUACAAUAUGUAAAUGAUCAAACCAGUGAAAUAUGUAAAUCGGCUGUCCAAAAAAAUGGUUUAGCUUUACGACACAUAAUCAAACAAACCGAAGAAAUAUGUAAAUUGGCUGUUCAACAAGAUGGAUAUGCAUUGGAAUUUGUAAAAGAACAAACCGAAGAAAUAUGUAAAAUAGCCAUUCAAAAAGACGGAUGUGCGUUAAAAUAUGUAAAAGAACAGACCGGUGAAUUGUGUGGAUUAGCAGUUAAACAAAACGGUCGGGUAUUGAUGUUUGUAAAAGAACAAACUGAAGAAAUAUGUGAAUUAGCUGUUAAACAAAAUUGUUUGGCUCUACAAUAUGUAAAAGAACAAACCAAAGAAUUAUGUGAACUGGUUGUUCAACAAAACGGUUUAGCGUUAGAAUAUGUAAAAAAACAAACUAAGGAAUUAUGUGAAUUAGCUGUUAAACAAAAUGGUUUGGCUCUACAAUAUGUAAAAGAACAAACCAAAGAAUUAUGUGAACUGGUUGUUCAACAAAACGGUUUAGCGUUAGAAUAUGUAAAAAAACAAACUAAGGAAUUAUGUAAAUUAGCUGUUAAACAAAAUGGUUUGGCUUUACAGUAUGUGAUUGAACAAACCGAAAAAAUGUGUAAAUUAGCUGUUAAACAAAAUGGAUUGGCGUUAAAAUAUGUAAAAGAACAAACAAACGAACUUUGUAAAAUAGCAAUUAAACAAAAUUCAUCGACUCUACGAUUGGUGUCAAAAUCUGUUUUACUGACAAAUAUAUUUAUGUAUUUUAAUAAUUUUUUAUUAGGAGUGUAA